GUGAUAGUCAAAAUCACUUAAGGUUGAAUCAAUUCAUUUAUCACAUACGAAAUUUCACCGGCAUGGUCAAUUGACAGUCACCAUGUCUUCCUCACCAAAAAUCGCCAUCAUCUUCUAUUCCAUGUACGGUCACAUCUUGAAGCUGGCCGAAGCUGAAAAAGCCGGGAUAGAAGCAGCUGGUGGUAAAGCCGAUAUCUACCAAAUCGAGGAAACCUUACCAGAGGACGUUCUCGCCAAAAUGCACGCUCCUCCCAAAUCAUCCUACCCCAUUGCAACAGUCAACACCCUGUUGGACUACAACGCAGUCCUCUUCGGAAUUCCAACUCGCUAUGGAAACUUCCCCGCUCAAUGGAAAGCAUUCUGGGACCGGACCGGAGGAAUCUGGGCCUCUGGGGGCUAUUGGGGUAAAUAUGCUGGCCUGUUCGUCUCUACGGGAACCUUGGGUGGUGGGCAGGAGUCUACCUGUAUUGCUGCUAUGAGCACGCUGGCGCACCACGGCUUUAUCUACGUUCCGUUGGGAUACAAGACUGUCUUUCCGAUGUUGUCGAACUUAGACGAAGUCCACGGUGGAAGUGCAUGGGGUGCUGGAACAUUUGCCGCUACCGAUGGCUCGCGUCAACCCAGCGCACUAGAACUGCAAAUUGCCACAAGUCAGGGCAAGGCGUUCUGCGAGACCGUCUCCAAGGUCGUUGUUGGUAGUAAUGUUACUGGUAGUGCAUGACUACAUGAUAGUCAGGAGCCCGGUCAACCCACGGUGAAUACAAGCCAACAACCAAACAGAUCGGUAACAAGGCAACAAGAGCUUGCGAUGGAAGAACUGAGUACGGAAAGGGAACCACGAGGGCUAUGUAGUUUAUUGAAGUGUAAUAUUACAUAAUUAAGAACUCUAUGGUGCUCAAUGCCGAGUGACCUUGGGAUGCAAUGAUUUAAUAUAGGGAGCAGUUUUCACUUAGGUAUAAAAAUACCUGGCUGGGAUUUUAACGUUACGAUGAACGACCCGAACCUUGAAUAUUGCGGAACGGACUGAAUGCCCUAUAACUUCUGCUGCGGCAGUGAUAUUCAGAAGAAAUUUUAUCGUUUAUCGCCAAUCUGCGCUAUAGUGUAAUCCGACCCUCUAGCGCUUCUCUAUCUUUAACCGAAAUCGAAAACCUAAAAUCUAGCAUUGACAUGAUAUAUCAACAUGUCCAAUCAUACGUCGUUCGAGUUCCGUUGACCGAGGUCGUCGUAAUCGUCUUCCGGAACGGACUCCAUAAGGUCUUUGGUACGAGGACCGAUAUAUU